AGUCUACCUACACUGGGCAUCAUCCAUAAUGGCGGCAUCCAUCGCGGCUGCGUGCUUCUGGUGCUUCUCUGAUGUGUAUUAGAGCUGGGAGUGGAAAUGGUUCAAUUUUAAGAUGUUGACAUCGCGAUCUACUUCUCUGGCUCGCCCUUUAUUGUGUCGCGCAAGGCACCUGCACUGGGCAAAGGCCCGCAAGCAAAAGUUCCCUAAGGAUCAUGCCCUUCAUCACUUUGAUGAGUUCUACGGGGACGUGUACGGAUCAAGCUGGCCCUCUAUUCGUAUCGCUCUACUGAGCCCUCACAAAUAUGUCGCAGUGGUCAAUUCUUUCCUCAGAAAGUCUGACGAAAUCUUGAGCAACCUCAAGGGGAUGGGUGCCUUGAAUUUGGCAUCAUUAUAUGAGCGUACGUUGGCAUCAUCUCCUCAACCGGCACACAAUGAAGAGACAAAACUGGAUUUGGUGAAACCUGAUGAUGUGCCCGUAGAAGAAACCGGUGACGUAUCGAUGUUCGACAAUACGUCUCGUGUUUUGCAUCCCACGUCAGAGUCGACCGUCUCGGGCGGAAACCCUUUGCUCAGCUUUGUCCCUAGCAGUAAAAUGGUGUAUCAGGAAGAAGUUAUAAAUGAAAGUGACUACUACAACUUCUACAAGCCAAAGUCUGACAUGGCUGUUGCUAUGAAAUCAUGGAAUGGAUUUGAAUUUCCUCAGCACCUGAAAGCUGUAGUCUUUGGCAGAGGAGAUAUCUCGGCCUUUCCUGCUCCGAAGAAAACAAAUGGUGGCUUGUAUGAGUACUACCUCAUGGACGGUGCAUCAAUUCUUCCUGUGCUGGCACUUGACCUUCAGAAAGGAGAGAGCGUUGGAGACUUCUGUGCGGCACCAGGUGGAAAGUUCCUUGCAAUGCAUUUCACACUGUUGCCAGGCCACUCUUUUGGCUGUGACAACUCUCCAUCCCGGCUGAAAAGGUUCAACAAUGUUAUCGCAAGUUACAUACCUCAGGAAAACACUUCCUCGAUUUCUGUAGUGCAGAGAGAUAUCCUGAGCUGGGACGGAAGGGAUGCGUCUUUUGAUAAGAUACUUCUAGAUGUUCCAUGCACUAAUGACAGACACUCCGUGACAGAAGAUGACAACAACUACUUUCACCAGAAGAGGCUGAGCGAAAGAUUAGAGCUGCCACAAAAACAGAUGGAUAUGCUCAGCUUUUCCCUGAAAUGUCUGGCACCCGGAGGAAGUUUGGUAUAUUCCACAUGUACACUGUCGCCUAUCCAAAAUGACGGAGUGGUCCACAUGGCCCUGCAGCACUUGUGGGAGACCACGUCCAUGGAGUUUGCAGUGGUGGACCUGUCUCGAGCAUUCGCGCCUCUAAAAGGCGUGUUUCGUCUCUAUCCCGACACCAAGUAUGGCCAAGUGGUGCUUCCUUUCCUACCCAACAACUACGGACCAAUGUACAUAUGCAAAAUAGAAAGGAUACGUUGAUCAAGACCGAUGCUUAGGACGUUGUAAACAUGUGAACUCAAUAGUCCACCCCGUGUGGUAGAGGGGCAAAGAACUGCAUACCACUGAUGUACCGCCAAAGAGAUGCAUUUCUGAACUGCUAUACAUGUAGGUCCCGCACAAUGUAUAGAAUACAAAUAAAAAAUGUGAAAUACAAUACAGAA